AUGCCUGCAGUGGAGCUCUUCAACGGCCAGGUCGACUACUAUGAAGUCGACGACUUCACAGACCCAUGGAAAUUCGCCACCGCUGAAAUUGUGGUUUUCCAACCAGGAAUUUUGCGCCAUACGGAGUUUGUCUACCACCUUGUGCCCCUAAUGGGCGGAAAAGUGAGAUUUGUGCGACGAGACCUACGUGGUCAUGGAAGAAGUUCUGGUGGAUGUAGCAAUUAUACCUUGGACACCCUGGUCGACGAAAUGGCAGACUUUGUUGACAAGGUUGCUGGUCGUCCAGUUCAUUGGAUAGGUGAGAGCACGGCGGGUAUGAUCAGUAUCGCCUUUGCAGCAAAAUAUCCCGAGAAGCUGAAGUCCUUAAUCCUCAUGUCAUCUCCCCUUGUUCUCAAUGACAUCUUCAUACGAAUGGUCUCCGAACCAUACAAGAGUCAGGGUGAGGCAAUGAGAAAACUGGGUAUCGUCGAAUGGCAGAAGAGCCGGCCGGUUUCCAGACUGGGCACGGAGCAACCUGCAGAGACCAAUGAGAUGGGUCGAUUCGCUGGUGCUGCGUACUUGAAAUGGUACGAUAAUAUGCUAUGCAAACACGACCUAGAGGGCGUUGCGAGGUACUGUGACUUUGUGGCCACGGUAGACGUAUCCAGUUACCUUGAAAAGAUCCGCGUACCGACCCUCAUCCUUGCACCAGCUAAGAGCAUUGCCAGUCCUCUCUCCGUCAACCAAGAGAUGGCACGGCGAAUUGGCAGUAGCCGUCUAGUCAUCAUUGAAAGUGUGGGACAUAUGGUAUAUAUUGACGAGCCUGAAAAAGUUUGUGAAGAGGUCUUGGUCUGGGUCAACGACGUCCGCAUAGGUGCGAUGGGCAUAUGA